CAACAUGGAUCCAGGAGAUGGUAUGGUGCCUCAUGAAGGACCCAAAGUCACCAGAAGCUUCACAUGAGCUGAUGAAGAGGUUCCCUUUCUUUGAGUACGACAGUCUCAUUCCUCCUGACUCUGUGAUUCCUGGUGUGAGUAGGGAUGAUCCUAUGCAGCCUGGAAUGACUUGGAGGAUCUUGCAGGAGCUGGAGGUCCCAAGGGUCAUAAAGUCUCACCUCCCAAAGGAACUCCUUCCCAAACAAUUCUGGGACGUCAGGCCGAAGGUAGUGUACGUGUCCCGGGACCCGCGGGACGUCUGUGUCUCCUUCUAUUACCACUACGUCAAACUUCAGGGUUACAGUGGCACCUUCGACCAGUUUGUUCACUUAUUUCUCCACGACACAAUCUCGUAUUCUCCCAUCUGGCGCCACAUUCUCAACUUCUGGAAGAUGAGGCACGAAGACCAUAUACUCUUCAUCCGCUAUGAGGACAUGAAGCAGGAUAUGAGCGCUAUUGUGAGGCAAGUGGCGGGGUUCCUGGGGCAGGUGGUAGACGAGGAGCAGGUGGCGUGGAUCACUCAACACUGCUCCUUUCCUGAGAUGAGCAACAACCCGGCUGUCAACAAUGAGACCUUCGUGUCCGCCCCCACUGACGCAGCCAAGGGACUGAAGUUCAUGAGGAAGGGUGAGAUAGGAGACUGGAGGAACCACUUGACGGAGGCGCAGCAGAAGGUCUUCAAGACGUGGACGCUGAACAACCUGGACGGAUCAGACUUUCCAUACUAUCAAGACUACGAUUAACAUUAAACUAUUUACACAAAACAGUUCUUGGCAGUUACUUUGCUUCCACGUCCGCCUUAUAUAUUACUUCAACGGUUUAAUGAUAGUUAUUUUCUAAAGGUAUUUGCAAUUGAACAAAUCCACAAGGGCCUUGAUGAGGGUUUGAACCCUCAUCAAGGUCAUUUUGGAUUUGUUCAAUUGAUAUAUUACGCUAUUGUGACUUUCUGUGUGUAUUGAAUUAGGGGCGUAGAGGUAGAACAUUUGGUUGACAAAGCCCGAAUGCACGGGGGAAUUGUGUGACACCCCGGUUGUGCUUUGGAGAAGCUUCGGGAUCCUCGUGAGGGCAGUAGCACUGCAGGUUGCAAUUCUUUUGACCAUGUGUGGUGUGACUACGGCACGUCUGGGAACAUCCCGUGCAUAAGUUUGAACCCUCAUCACAGCCCUUGUGGAUUUGUUCAUUUGAUAUAUCACGCUGUUGUGAUUUCUGAGUUUAUAUUUGCAAUUGUAUUUUGUGUCUAUUAAUAGAAUUACAUUACCUAAUUCGAUAAAGUGAUAGAGAAAUCUGUUAAAAUCUGUUAAUUAAAACAUUUGUUUAACUAAAAAAAAAUAUUAACGUUAACUCCUGGCAUUUGAUUUUAUAUAAAAUAUAGUUUCUUGUUGGUACACACACUGUAGUACACUGUGAGAAUUACCGAUGUGUGACACUUUACUGCGGUGCUCAAGGUAUGUCUUGUGCUCUUUCUUAACAUUAUAAGUUACUCUCUUUUUCAAAGUUAUAAAAU